AUGAAUUCUGAAAUUUAUUAUAAUAAAAACGGAGAACUGUGUAUUAGGUGUAAAAAUCCUUAUUCUCAUGUAGAUGUGACCGAUGACGCAGAAAUCCGCUGGUGUAAGAAAUGUUCAAUAAAAUACGUACAAGAAAAUGAAUGUACUUGGAGUGGGGAUAAAAAAAUUGAUGAUUUCAUAAAGAGAGAACAACAAAAGUCGAGAACUCCAAUAGAAUUUUUUGAGUGGAUACCUUAUGAAAAUUUUAAGGAUAUUGAGCAAAUCGGUAAAGGUGGAUUUGCCACAAUUUAUUCCGCAAUUUGGAAAAAUUCUUUAAAGGUUUAUAAUGAAACCAAUAAUAGCUGUGAUCGGUAUGAAGACAUGGCUGCCUUAAAACGUUUGCAUGGUGUAAAAGAAUUUACCGAUGAAUUCUUAAACGAGGUUAUAAAUUGUCCAAUUGGUUCUUUCGACAAGGGAUUGCUUAGAUGCUAUGGGAUUUCACAGGAUCCUGAAACAGAGGAAUAUAUCAUGGUUCUCGAAUUGAUGUGCGGAGGAAAUUUACAUGAAUGGUUGAAUAAUAAUCAAAAUAAACAUAAAUGGGCGGACAAAUUAUUCCUGCUUCAUUACAUAAUCAAGGGUCUCUAUAAUAUUCACGAGAAAGGAUUAAUUCAUAGAGAUUUCCAUUCUGGAAACCUCUUGGUAAGAGAAUAUUCUUCCAGAUUUGCGUGUAUCUCGGAUUUGGGAUUAAGUGGUCCGGUAAAUGAUGAAGAUAGGAUAGAUAAUGGAAUUUAUGGAGUCAUGUCUUACUUACCUCCGGAAGUAUUAAAUCAUAAACCGUACACACAAGCUGCCGAUAUUUAUGGUUUAGGAAUGAUUAUGUAUUUGAUUGCUACUAGUUGUCAACCAUUUCAUGGUGUAGCUCAUGAUCAUCUUUUAUCGGUAGACAUAUGCCAUGGCGUCCGUCCUGAAUUUAACAGAGAAGAAAUACCUAAUUUUUAUCUUGAGAUGAUGGAAAGUUGUUGGGAUCAAGUUCCUUCCAAGAGAAUAACUUCUAAAGAAUUAUAUGAAUUAUCAUCCGCUUGGUGGCUAGACAAUAAAGGUAUUAAAGAAAAUUUAAAGGAUGAAGUAAUAGAUCAAUUAAAAGGUUAUGAUGAUUAUUUACUAUCUGCUGAAAAACAAAUUCAUCCUCAAGCUAUAUAUACUAGCAGAUUGAUAAUUACUUGGUAA